UCAACUGCCCGCCAAGGUAACGAGACGGGCGGAGCCCCAUUUGCGCCACCGCCCGCCCCCAAUGCCGUGCUCGCCAGGGCCCCGCCGCCGCCCGCCGCCGGCGGUGCCAAUCAGCACCGGCCUGCUCCGGCAGCUUCGGAUCGCGGCCGGCCAGGCCUCCCCGCGCCUCCUCCUCCUGCAGUCCCUGGCGCUCGUGCUCACCUCCAACCUCUCCUCCACCCACGCCGCCGUCUCCUCCCGCCUCCUCAACUCGCUGCUCCCGCACCUCCCCGCCGGCCGCCUCCACCUCCUCCGCCUCCUCCCCUUCGACCACCUCACCCUCCUCCUCCUCUCCUCCUCCUCCGGCCCCACGCGACCCGCCGUGUCCGCGCUCCACGCGAUCGCCGUCCGCUCGGGCCACCUGCCGGCCGACCUCCGCCUCGCCAACUCGCUCCUCGCGCGCUACCUCGCCGUCGGCUCCCACGCCGCCGCGCGCUGCCUCUUCGCCGACAUCCCGCGCCCCGACGCCGUCACCUGGAACACGCUCCUCCGCGCCUGCCUCCGCUCCGGCCUCCUCCCCUCCGCGCGCCAGCUGUUCGACCAAAUGCCCCAGCGGGACCUCGUCUCCUUCAACUCCAUGCUGUCCGGCCACUCCGCGGCGGGGGACAUGGCCGGGGCCAGGCAGCUGUUCGACGGGAUGCCCGAGAGGGACGUGGUCUCCUGGAACUCAAUGCUGGUCGGGUACACCCGCCUCGGAGACAUGGAGGAGGCCAGGAGGAUGUUCGACGCGAUGCCGGAGAGGGACGUCGUGUCAUGGAACUCGAUGCUGGACGGGUACGCCCAGGCCGGGGACGUCGCGGCGGCGAGGGCCGUGUUCGACGGCAUGCCGAGGAGGAGCGCCGUGUCCUGGAACGUCAUCCUGGCGCUGUACGCGCGGGUGAAGGACUGGCGGGAGUGCCUGAAGCUGUUUGACGCGAUGAUGGCAGUGGGGGCCGCCGUGCCGAACGAGAAGACCUUUGUGAGCGUUCUUACAGCCUGCGGCAGCCUGGGUGACCUCGAGAGGGGGGAGUGGGUGCAUGGCCUGGUCCGACAGAGGUGGGAGAGGCUCGUGCCGGACUUCCUCUUGCUCACGGCGCUGCUGACGAUGUACGCCAAGUGCGGCAUGAUGGAGACCGCGAGGGAGAUCUUCGACUCGAUGCGCGAGAGGAGCGUCCCGUCAUGGAACUCGAUGAUCAUCGGCUACGGGCUGCACGGGCAGAGUGAGAAGGCGCUCGAGCUGUUCCUGGAGAUGGAGAGGAGCGGGCCUCGGCCGAAUGAGACGACCUUCGUCUGCGUCCUGAGCUCCUGCGCCCACGGCGGGCUGGUGCUUGAGGGCUGGUGGUGCUUCGACAGGAUGGUCAGGCUCUACGGCUUCGAGCCCAAGGCAGAGCAUUUCGGCUGCAUGAUGGACCUCCUUGGCCGUGCCGGGCUGCUCACAGGCUCGGAGGACCUCGUCCAGAACCUGCAAGAGAAAGCGUCCCUGGCGUUGUGGAGCGCCAUGGUUUCUUCAGCCUCUCGGGUGCAGAACGGCUCCAAGCUCGGGGAGUUUGUGGGGAAGAAGCUGAUCGAGAUGAAGCCGUCGGAGGUCGGCCCAUACAUUCUGCUCUCGAACAUCUACGCCGCGGAAGGGAGGUGGGACGACGUCGAGAAAGUGAGGGAGAUGAUGAAGGAGAAUGGUGCUGAGAAGGAUGUUGGUUUGAGCCUUGUGGGAUCCAGCGAACCAGAGAUCCGUCUUGGUGCAGAGGACGGCGUCUCAGUUGGAAGACGGGAUGAUGGCGUGGUGCUGUCGAUGCUGGGCGAGAUGGGCGCGCGCCUGAAGCUGCCGUUUGAGGAGCCCCAGCGCAGGGAAGCGAGGGCGUGAGGAGCUGCGUGCGUGUUCCUCUGGCGUCAUGGCAUGCCAGGGCCAGCGCUGCAGCAGCAGCAGCGAAGGGAGCCGAGGGUGACUGACUGCUGGCUGAUUAGCAGGCGAUGGAAUAAGCCAGAGAACACGUUGGUUGGUGGGUCAGUGGCAGUGGUCUGAGGUCCUUGUGCUCCAGCUCUUGCCAAUGGAUGGAGGAUGGAGAAGGCGCUCGGCUGGCUGGCUCUGCUCUGCUCAACUGAUCUGGCCGGCGAUGUGAUGUGACAAGUGAAGACGGUGACGGUGAUUGGUGUCGGCAGGGUAGGGAGAGGGAGAGCGACGGGCGUCUGCUGCAAGGCGCAAGAGGUAUUUGUUCCCUGGAACGUGGACGGAUGGUGGUGUUUGCAUUCGGAUCUGUGGAAGGACAAAGGGGAAAAGGAACAUGACAAGUUCUGGAAGCAUAUUCGAUCUCCUUACUGGCAAA